CCCUCCCUGCCUCUCGCUGCCUCCCUCCGCCUGCCUUCAUAUACGCCCCCUCCGCAGUUAUAAACAUCCCUCUUUCUUGCCAUGUCCGACCCAACUUUCGCCCAGUUCUAUCCCCAGUCCGCUGCCUUCGAGCCUGCCGCCUACCACAAGGUUGAAUCCGCAGCCCCCCCUACCAUAGCACUCGACAGCGGCGAGAACCAGAAGCAGUCCUUCGACUUCUUCAGCUACAGCCAAGCCGGCUUAGACGUCGUCGCCCCUCACCCUGACCAGUUCGAACUCGAGCUCGACAACUCCCUCGCGGCCUUCGACGCAGAGCUGAGUCUCCUCCCUGUCGACACCGCCGAUUUUUCCUUCUAUCGCCCGGCUACGCCUGUCUUCGGUCCUCCCUCCUCCUUCACCGUCUCGUCUGAGUCGGUGUCGGGUUAUGAUUCUGUCUACAACGACAGUAUCUCCAGCCGUUCUGAAAGCUACUACAACUUCAACGCCCAGGCCCAGUCUCCCACGAACAACUACCCCUCGAGCGUCUACUCCCUCACCCAAGAGCAACUCGACAUGGACUUCCAGCGCAUGGGCAUGCCCGAGGACCCCAACUCCUUCGGGGCCCUCCCGUCUUCCCCCUCCAUCCGUAGCUCGCCCGGCAGCGUGCCCAACAUCUCGCAGUACUCUCCCCCCUACUCCUCCCCCCGCGGUUCCUUUUCAGACUACGAGCCUGCGCAGCCGCAGCAGGUCCGGCUCGGUACUUCUGCUGCGUCCGACUACUAUCCGCAGGCGCAGGUGCAGAUCAACAAGUACACCGGUGCGCGGAUGGUUCACCAGCAGCACUCCCGCUCGAACUCCAGUGUCUCGCCGCAGUUGUCCGGCGUGUCGCACCCCUCCCUCGCCGCGCAACGGACGAAGAUCGACAUGCACGAGGACCCGAAGAGGAAGUACCAGUGCCCUACGUGCCCCCGAGCCUUCGCUCGCGCCUACAACCUUAAGACGCACAUCCAGACCCAUGACCCCAACCGCCUUAAGCCCUACGCCUGUCACCACAAGUCUUGCGGCCGCUCGUUCAGCCGGAAGCACGAUCUCACGCGGCACAUGGUUUCCAUCCACCGCACCGAGUCGGUCGCGUCCCUCACGUCGAGCUCCGGCCACUCUAUCGGCGUUGACGGCGGCCAUCGCUCCUGGUGCGAGCAGUGCGGCCGUAGCUGGGUCGGCAAGGGCAAGGAGAAGGGCUGCGAGUGCGACGACGUCAAGUAAACGACAUGUUCGCCUCUGAUUGUUUCGCUUCCUACGGUUUGCGUACGUACAUUUUUGGUGCCUAUCUUAUUUUUCUUCCGAUGCUUAUUAUUCUCUGUAGCGCUAGGCAACAAUCACGUCCGUCUAGCGGUGUAGAGAUUCCGUUCAUGUUCCCAACCUCGUUUGGCUCUGGUAUGCUCUACAUCGCGACGACGAUGAUGCUCGGCACGCGUUUGUGUAUCCCGCCUGGGUCUCAGUUCCUUCCAUGUCCCGUUGCUAGGUGUACAAGCGCUGUCGAAUGUCCCCCAUCCGCUCUGCCUUUCUUUCGAGCUUCUUGAUUGAUUGUGUGGUACCCCCUAUGCACCCCCCCUCAUAUGGCGUCGUCGUGUUGUUCCUCGCUCGAUUUUUUAUCCUCGCUCUAUCUACUCUCAUACGUACCCUCCUCCCCCGUUAGUCCUGUCUUGUAUACGUCGCUCGUUAUUAUAAAUGUAUACUUCCCGUCCGUACUCGCCGAUAGCGAUGGUUUCGACUACCUCGUACGAUCUCUUACGUUCACACGAUUUGGAAAUUGUCC